GACUAUGUUCGAAUGUGAUAUGUAUCUCAUAGGGCGCCGGCGUAGUGGCCGAUGCCGCUCCCACGUUUCGCCUUAAACCCUCGAUCACUUUUUUUCCCCUUGAACCUCACUCGCCCCACACAAACUCGUACAACAUGGCAGAGCAGGAUACGUCUGUAGUCGCCUUCCUCGGGCCCGAGGCAAGCUACACACACCAAGCAGCGCUCAACGUCUUCCCCCCCACCACCAAAAACACCAACACGCACAAUGACAACAACACGCCCACACACACCCUCACCCCCCACCCAACAAUCCAAUCCAUCUUCGCCGCCGUCCAAUCCGGCACCGCACACCACGGCAUCGUCCCCUUCGAAAACAGCACCAACGGCUCUGUAGUCUUCACACUCGACCUCUUCGCCGAUCUGGAAGGGAAGUAUCCUGAUAUCCUUGUGUGCGGGGAGACGUACGUCGGUGUGCGGCACUGUUUGUUGGGGUAUCGCGGGUCCUCGUCCUCCUCUGUUGAGAAAGGUGGGGAUGGGGUAGGAGGGGAAGAGGAAGGGGAAGGGGAAGGGGAAAUGGAGGGGGGUAACCCAUUCCAAAGUAUAAAAACACUCUUCUCCCACCCCCAAGCCUGGACACAAUGCACAUCCUUCCUGGAUGAAAAUCUCGCACACGCCCGCCGCGAAGACACACCCUCCACCUCGCGCGCCGCGCAGCUCGUCGCUGCCGAUCCGUCCGGGACUUCAGCUGCGCUAUCCAGCGCCAUGGCCGCGGGGGUCUUUGGGCUCGAUGUGCUGGCUAGUAAUAUCGAGGAUAGGGUGGGGAAUACGACGAGGUUCCUUGUGCUGCGGAAAAGCGGCUCUUCAGCGAUGUUACCGCCACAGGGGAUGGAUAUAGCGACACCCCCGCUGUAUAAAUCUCUCAUCACGUUUACGGUCGCGCAUGGAGUUCCGGGCGCGCUGGCGCAGUGUCUGGCGGUGUUUGGGCGGCAUGGACUGGAUUUGACGAGUAUUAAUACGAGGCCCGGUGGGGGGGGGAGGUGGGAGUAUGUGUUUUUUGUGGAGAAUUUACUCAGAUGUAGAGAAUUGGAAAAAUCACAAUUCUAA